CAAAAUAAAAACAAUUUUCUAUAGUUGUGUAGUGUACCAAUGCCACCGGUUGUAAUCACCGCAAGAAAAGUGUAAUAACAGGUGGCUCCGCAUCGUGGCAGGUGGAUCAGUUCCUUUUUUUUUGUCUUUUCUGGAUGGUAUACGUUCUCCCAUUGUUUUCGAGUGAUAUACACAGUACCUGAAGUGUAUAGAAAAUUCCUUAUCGGAAAUUUAAUCUGUAAUCUUGCAAACACGAGUGUUAACGGAAAGAAAAAGAAAUGGCGAUUCGAAAAAGAAAUCUAUUGUGAUAGAUACAACAAUUGUAUUGCUUUAAUUUGUCCAAGUAGAGGUUAUAUGUAAAAUAUUUUCAGAAAUAUACGCAUGAAAGCUCGUGGUUGUAGUAAAAUAAAGAGCGAAAUAAUGCCACCGUCGUCACAUACGAAUUGGACUAAACCUCUUAUUAAGAAUGGUCAAACGAUGCAACUACAAUCGAAACGAACAACUUGUUCAACACAAAAUCAGAAUUCAAAUGGUAGUGGCACAGAACACAGUGGUAUUCCUCUUGACAGAAGAAUCAAAGUCGUUCUGGUAGGUGAUGGAGCCGUUGGAAAAACCAGUCUAGUUGUUUCUUAUUCUACAAAUGGUUUUCCGGGAGAAUAUAUACCUACUGCUUUUGAUAAUUAUAAUGUGGUUGUCAAUGUUGAUGGUCAACCAGUAAAUGUUCAGCUAUGUGAUACAGCAGGUCAAGAUGAUUUUGAUCCUUUAAGAUCAUUAUGUUAUCCAGAAACAGAUGUGUUUCUAGUUUGUUUUAGUGUUGUAUGUCCUUCUUCUUAUCAUAAUGUAACUUCUCGAUGGAUAAAUGAAGUACGAAAAUAUUGUCCUAAUGCACCAAUUAUUUUGGUAGGCACAAAGAGUGAUUUAAGAUCAGAUGUACAUCUUAUGUUACAAUUAGCAAGAUAUGGUCAAACACCAAUUACAAGUACUCAAGGGCAUCAAUUGGCUCAAAAAGUUGAAGCUGUAAGUUAUGUGGAAACAUCUGCAUUAACUCAACAUGAUCUUAAAGAAGCAUUUGAUCAAGCAAUAGUUAGUGCUCUUAACACAAGGAGAGGUGGUGCUAGUUUGUUAUGUAGACGUAGAAAACCUUUACCAUUAUGGCGCAGAUGGUUAUGUUGUUGUGAAAGACCUUCUAGUAGUACAUAAAUAAUAAUUAGACUCUCUAGAAUACUCUCUGUGAUCAAGUAUGACUAUUUUGUUAUCAGAAUUUCUGAAUUUUAAUAAUUCAAA